AUGGUGGAGCUUCAGAUGCAGACACAGAGAUACAUCCAAAGCAUUCAUGAGCCAGAGGAAGCCCCUGAAGAAGAGGAAAAGCCCAGAAUAAAACUAACUGCUCCUAAAAUACCAGAGGGUGAGAAAGUAGAUUUUGAUGACAUCCAAAAGAAAAGGCAGAACAAAGACCUGAUUGAACUGCAGGCCUUGAUUGACAGCCACUUUGAAGCCCGGAGAAAGGAAGAGGAAGAGCUCGUUGCCCUCAAGGAGCGGAUUGAGAAGCGCAGAGCUGAAAGAGCAGAGCAACAGAGAAUCCGGGCUGAGAAGGAGAAGGAGCGUCAGGCAAGGCUUGCGGAGGAAAAGGCACGGAGAGAGGAAGAAGAUGCCAAGAGAAAAGCUGAGGAUGAUCUCAAGAAGAAGAAGGCUCUGUCCUCCAUGGGUGCCACAUACAGCAGCUAUCUGGCUAAGGCUGAUCAGAAGAGAGGAAAGAAGCAAACAGCUAGAGAGACGAAGAAGAAGGUCCUGGCAGAGAGGCGCAAGCCCUUGAACAUUGACCACCUUAAUGAAGACAAGCUGAGGGACAAGGCUAAGGAACUGUGGGACUGGUUAUACCAGCUGGAGACUGAAAAGUAUGACUUUACAGAGCAGAUCAAGAGGAAAAAAUACGAGAUUGUCACCUUCAGGAACCGGAUUGAUCAGGCUCAGAAGCACAGCAAGAAGGCAGGAGCCAAGGGCAAGGUUGGCGGGCGCUGGAAGUAAAGAACCAGGCAGGAUGGCCCUUAGUGGCAUGCUGAAACCCUGCUGGUCUCCUCUUUCUUUCUUCACCAAUCACUUGUGUUCCCACGCCUCAACGAUAACAAAAAUCGCAACAUCAGCCUGGGUUGGCUAUUGCUGCUGCUUUUCUUUUUCUUCCUGGAGGGGUCUGGCGGCUUCCUCAGUCAAAAGGAAGCAGGUUCCCUAUGGAACUGAGAUGACUCCUUGCUGGCAUCUUCAAUUCCUGCUGAGCAUGUCCUUUAUCCUCCUGAUACUAGCCCUAUGCUGUCCUAUAGAUUGCUGUGUACAAAUAUCUGGAUUUUGUAAAUAAAGCGUGACCAGUACCUACUCCAAUGACA